AUGGCAUCAUAACCAAUUUAAGGAAACAUAUUUGAACCCAACUAAGAUAAUUAGAAGGGGUAUUCUUAUGAUGACGAUUACUAUGAAGAAUAAAAUAAUGUCUUUGACAAUGCAAGCUAAUCAUCUGAUAAUGAAGUUCAAUAUGACUAUUAUUAUGGCGAUAGCGAUUAAGAUGAAGCAGAGGUUUAAGAAAUAAGUUAAAUUCCUGCCCAAACCGAAUUAAAUCGUAAAACAACAACGCAGUUAGAUGAAGAAGCAACAAGAAUCAAUAAAGCAUUUAAUAAAGACAAAAAAAAAUAUUUCAGGAACUACAUAAAGAUGCUAGUUUCAAAACAAAAAAAAAGAUUUGAGUCAGAUGAAUUCUCCCUCGAUUUAACAUAUAUAACAUCAAAGAUUAUAGCUAUGGGGUUUCCUGCAGACAAAUUGGAGAGUCUUUACAGAAAUGAUCGUAAAGAAGUGAAAAACUUCUUCAAAAAAUAGCAUCAAGAUAGUUACAAGAUAUAUAAUUUAUGUUCGGAAAGAGAAUACAAUAAAGAAGAAUUUUAAAAUUUUGCUCAUUAUCCUUUUGAAGAUCAUUAAGCACCAGAGUUUUAACUGAUAUACAACUUUUGCAAAGACCUGUUUAAAUUUAUUUAUGAAGAGGGUAAUGGCGAGAAUAUUGCUGCAGUUCAUUGCAAAGCAGGAAAAGGUAGAACUGGAGUGAUGAUAUGUUGUUUCUUAAUGUUCUCAGGAGUUUAUGAAAAAGCUAUAGAUUCUUUACGUUACUAUGGCAUAAUGAGAACGAAAAAUAAAAAGGGAGUAACUAUUCCAAGCUAAAUAAGAUAUGUAUAGUACUUCGAAAAAGCGCUAUAAUGCAGAUAUAACUUAGAAAAUUUUCCUAGAAUCAACCUCAAAUUACUAAAGAUAAAACUAGUCACAAUUCCUAAUUUUAAUUUCUUUGGUGGUUGCGAGCCAUUCUUUACAAUUACUUACUUUUAAGAUAAUAAGGAAAAAACAGAAUACAAUUCGCUAGACAACUUUAAAUUAUAAAAAUACCAUAAAGAGCCAUAUAUAGAAUUUGUUUUAGAUGAAUAUGAAGUUAAAGGCGAUGUUUAAAUUCAAUUCUUUAAUAAAUCUCUCCUUAAAAAGAAAGAAAAAAUGUUUUAAUUUUGGUUUAACUGUGCUUUCUUUGAGCCAAAUGGAGUACUAGUCCUUGAUAAAAAUUAGCUAGAUUCUGCAUGCAAGGAUAAAAAGCACAAAUAAUUUAGCGAAGCAUUCCAUGUAGAAGUACACGCUUUAAGACCAAAUUAAUAAUAGGAAAUAUAAAUUAUGAGUGAAGAAAACGGAUAUUUAUAAGUAAAUAAAAGAAAAAAAGAAGAAUAUGAAAGUAGAAUGAAGAUGAAACAGGGUGCUUCAACUUUCAAUCAAUAAAAUAUCCCAUAAAAUUUAGAAAUUGAUAAAAUAAAUAUAUUUUAGUUACAGAAGAACUAAAAAAAUUGA